GGAGAGGGAGAGGCAGCUGGGGGUCAUCAGCUGCGUCAGCUGCUGCUGCGCUGGGGCCUGCCGGGUGGUGGCGGCAGCGGUGCUGGUGGUGCGGAGCUGCUGCGGCUGCUGGCGCUGCCGCCGUCAGCGAGGCUGGUGGCGCUGGUGGUGGCAACUGGGGGGGACGAGCAGGACUGGCCGCCAGUGGUGGGGGCAACAACAGACCCAGGGGGGGACCCGCCGGAGGGGCGGCAGCCGGGUCGCCCCGCUGUGGCGGCGGCAACAGAAGUCGGGGCGGCUGCGGCUGCUGCUGCUGCUGCCGUGGGUGCGGAGGUGGCACCGGUGGGUGGUUCCGGUGCGCAUGAGGAGCGGGCUGCCGCCGUCCUGGCGCCCGCCGCCCCCUCCGCAGCUCCCUCCGCCGCCCCCUCUCCCCGCGUGCUGUCCAUGCGGGUGCACCCCCGGGUGGUGGUGCUACCGGACACUGGGGGCCUGAGGCAGCGGGGACAACAGUGGGAGGUCUCCUUGCCAGCGGCAGUGGCUGGGGAGCCGUUGCAGGCAUCACCAGCCGCCGCUGCAGCCGCUGCCCCGGGACAUGCGGCCUUGCUGGAGGUUGAGGUGGAAGUGGCGGUGGAUGGGGGCUUGGCGGAGCAGUGCCAAGGAGCAGGGGCAGCAGCAGCAGCCGCAGGUCUUGCCGCAGCCCCCCUGCCCCUGGAGCUGCUGGUUCGCUCUCGUGGCCGCUACCUGCCUGCUCGGGUACGACAGCCCAUGGCUGCUCCCGCUACCGCAACCGCUACCGCUACCACCAGCAGAGGCAGCAAGCGGAGCAGGGGUGGCCAGGUGUCGGUGUUGUACAGGUUUCAGGUGGAGCUGCCGCUGCUGCUGCCCGGGGAGGGGGCGGCGGCAGGGCAGGAGCAGGAGGAGGGGCUCCAGCCGGGGCUGGCGAUGGUCGACCUGCGUCUGCCGGGCGGUGCGCCCUGCCGCUGCGAGCCGCUGCUGCUGCUGCCGGCCGGGGAGGG